AAAAAAGACUGAGAGGGUACCUUCUCCUAUAUUUUCGACAAAAAAAAAAAAAGAUAUCCUUCUACGAAGUCGAUAAUUUCCCUCUCUCCCUCUUCGAACACAAACGAAAACCCAUAAGAUUUGAAGUCCGAACAAUAAACCCGUGCUAAGCAAGAGAUUUAAAUUCGACCAAAUUCGGGGUUUAGGGUUAUCCCUUUUUUUUCUAUGAAUGGAUCUUCUCCGAGCCUACUCUGAUCAAAACGACGAAGAAUUGAACGAGCCAGAGCAGCAAAACUUAAACCCUAGUUCAACAACAUCGUCCCCAGACGCUUCACCGCCUCGGCUCCUCCCCGCCAAAUCCGCCGCGCCCAAUGUCGACGACACGAUGCUGGCCCUGACGGUGGCUGAUGGCCAACGGUCUUUGAGUCGGCCAAUUGACCCGACCCAACACAUCGUCGGCUUCAACCCCACCUACGACCAACUAUGGGCCCCAAUCUACGGCCCAUCUCAUCCCUACGCCAAGGACGGCAUCGCCCAGGGCAUGCGCAACCACAAGCUCGGCUUCGUUGAGGACGCCUCUAUUGAACCCUUCGUCUUCGAUGAGCAGUACAAUACUUUUCACAAGUAUGGCUACGCGGCCGACCCAUCAGCCUCUGCUGGGUAUAAUUACGUUGGUGAUUUUGAGGCCUUGCAGAAGAAUGAUGCCGUUUCGGUAUAUAACAUACCCCAACACGAGCAGAAGAAGCGGAAGAUAGAGAAGAGGAAGGAAUUAGAGGAAGAUGAGGGUGUGGAUGACGAUAUGGACCCAGAGGAGGUCCAAAACCCGGCCAGUGAUGUGUGGUUGAUGAAGAAUAAGAAGAGCCCAUGGGCAGGCAAGAAGGACGGUCCGCCAACGGAGCUCACAGAGGAGCAGAAGAAGUAUGCCGAGGAGUAUGCGAAGAAGAAAGGUGAAGAGAGAGGUGGUGGUGAUAAGGGUGAGGUUGUAGUUGAAAAAACUACAUUUCAUGGGAAAGAAGAGAGGGAUUAUCAGGGCAGGUCUUGGAUUGCGCCCCCUAGAGAUGCUAAGGCAUCUAAUGAUCACUGUUAUAUUCCAAAGAGGUUGGUGCACACUUGGAGUGGACACACAAAGGGUGUAUCUGCUAUUAGAUUCUUCCCUAAUUACGGGCAUUUGAUUCUCUCUGCUGGGAUGGAUACCAAGGUGAAAAUUUGGGAUGUUUUCAAUACUGGUAAGUGUAUGAGAACUUACAUGGGUCAUUCCAAGGCAGUUCGGGAUAUAUGUUUCAAUAAUGAUGGGAGUAAAUUUCUGACUGCUAGUUAUGAUAAGAAUAUUAAGUACUGGGAUACAGAAACCGGGCAAGUGAUAUCUACAUUCUCGACCGGGAAGGUUCCAUAUGUGGUUAAGCUUAACCCGGAUGAGGAUAAGCAGAAUGUGUUGUUAGCUGGGAUGAGUGAUAAGAAGAUUGUUCAGUGGGAUAUGAACGAGGGAAAGAUCAAUCAAGAGUAUGAUCAACAUUUGGGUGCUGUGAAUACGAUUACAUUUGUUGAUAAUAACCGGAGGUUUGUUACUUCCAGUGAUGACAAAUCGCUUCGAGUAUGGGAGUUUGGGAUCCCUGUGGUUAUUAAGUAUAUUAGUGAGCCUCACAUGCAUUCUAUGCCAUCAAUUUCACUGCAUCCCAAUUCAAAUUGGCUUGCAGCACAAAGUAUGGACAAUCAGAUUCUGAUUUAUAGCACUAGAGAGAAGUUUCAGCUGAAUAAGAAGAAGAGGUUUGCCGGGCAUGUCGUUGCUGGGUAUGCUUGCCAAGUCAAUUUCUCGCCAGAUGGACGGUUUGUUAUGUCGGGUGAUGGUGAAGGUCGAUGCUGGUUUUGGGAUUGGAAGACAUGCAAAGUCUUCAGAACUCUCAAAUGUCAUGAGGGGGUAUGCAUUGGGGCUGCAUGGCAUCCCUUGGAGCAGAGUAAAGUUGCAACAUGCGGCUGGGAUGGCUUGAUUAAGUAUUGGGACUAGCAACAUUUUAGUUCGGUUUGGACAAGGGUACUAUAAUUUGAUGCACCCAUUUCUGCUCAGUAUGGGUAUGGCACCAUUAUCGUCUGAUGUUGGGGAUUUUGCUGGACACAAGGUUACUUAUAAGAUUGCAGGACAAACCCUAUUUAUAUCUUUAUCUUACAAUCACCAAUAUCAUCCAGUUAUGCUGGAUAUGUACUUGUACUUGUAACACAAGUUCUUGUUUUUUGUCGUUAUUUUUGAAGACUUUUAGAAGUUUAACAAGGGUAAUAUUUUUGCAAAAGUCUGGUGUACUUGUAGUUCAGAAGACUCAGAGAAAUUGACAGCUUCAUGGAUAGUCUUCUCCUGUCUUAUUUGGGCAUUGAUGGAUCUGUAUGGUCA